GAAAUGUAUACCUAACAUUCUUGACUCUUGAGUAAGUGGUUAAAGCUUGAGAUUAGUAAUGGAUGGUGGUAUAAUUCAGCUGCAGAGGCACCUUGUUGAUUACACUGCCUCCCUAUUCGAUGAGGGCUUUCUAGAUGAACAGUUUAACCAGCUUGAGCUACUUCAAGAUGAAAGCAACCCAGAUUUUGUGGUUGAAGUGGUCACUCUCUUUUUUCAAGAUGCAGAGAGGCUUCUUGAUGAGCUCACAAAGGCUCUAGGACAGGCAAGCAUUGAUUUCAAAAAGUUGGAUGCUCAUGUUCACCAACUGAAGGGUAGCAGCUCCAGUGUUGGAGCACAGAGAGUUCACAAAGCCUGCAUUUCCUUUAGAAAUUCAUGUGAGGAGAAGAACAUUGAAGGGUGUCUUAAAAGCUUGCAACAAGUAAGACAUGAGUAUUCCUUGGUGAAAAGUAAACUUGAGACUCUCUUCAAGAUGGAGCAACAGCUUUCGGCUGCAAGUGGAUCUUUUUCUAGGUAGUGUGAUGCAAAGAGCACUAAGAAGAAAUCAUGUCACAGUGUGCAAACAGAACAACCAUGUUUAUGUUGUAUUUUUCAUGUUGUUUGUGAUUUUGUUGAGUCUACCAUGGUCUCCAAAUUAGAUUUGUCAUUUAAGCUUGAGUUGAUCCAUAUUUAGUCCAAAAACAUUGUGAAUAUCCCAUGGUCCUAUGGUUUACAGAAAUUAGAAGCUGGACCUCUCAAUUGUGGAAUGCUAACUUGGCAAUUUUAUGGUAAAACAUGCUAAAAACUGAUUCACUCAUGAA